CUGCUGUACGAAGUAUACUGUAGUUUGGUUCGCGAUGUCAUGAUGACUGGAUACUCUCGCCUCAGGUACACCUUCAGAGAGCUGCUCUCGAGAAACUAUGUGAAUCAUCUACGUGAUUAGAUCAUCCACCAUGUCUAACUCUCCUCGCACAUAUACCCUCAACUUCCUCGGGGACGUCAUGUUGGGUCGUCUGGUCGACCAACUAUUCCCCCAGCAUGUGUCCAACGCGCGCGAAGCCGAGAUCAUCACCUCAUUCACGGAACGGGCCCCCUCUUUCUUCAAGAACUAUACCCACCGUUCACCAUGGGGCAACACCCUACCCUUAUUGCACCAGGCGGAUAUGAACCUCAUCAACCUCGAGACCUCGGUGACGACCUCCCGCGUCCCCUGGCCAGACAAGGCGUUCAACUACCGCAUGCAUCCGGCGAACAUCGCGGUGCUGCACGAGGGCCAGGUCGACUAUGCCAGCCUGGCAAACAACCAUACCCUGGAUUUCGGGACGGAGGGCCUCGUCGAGACCGUGUGGACACUGAAAACCGCGCACAUCGCUUUCGCAGGCGCGGGGGAGACGAACGUCCAGGCGUCGCGGGCAGUCGAGCUGAAACUCCCCAGGGUGUAUCCCCCGUCCGGAAGACGGUCGUUAGCAGAUAAGUAUCAGAAGAUGGAAGAGGAUACAAAGCCACAGACUAGAGAUAAAGACCACACUCAUAUCAUACAUGUCUACUCUGCGGCCGAUCACCCGCACGACUGGGCCGUAGUGCCCACCUUCAAUCUAAUCGAUUACUCCUCCACCACCCGGCACCGACUCAAACACAUCCUAAUGAACAACCAGACAGCUAGCGGGGGGACCUCGGCACUGAACGCCCAGACACCCGCCCUGAAGAUCUUCAGCGUACACUGGGGCCCCAACUACGCAUGGCACCCUGACGAACGGACGAUCCGCUCGCUAGCCCAUUUCCUUGUCGACGAGUGCGGCGUCGACAUUAUCCACGGCCACUCCAGCCACCACAUCCAGGGCGUGGAGGUGUACCGUGGCAAACUCAUCAUCUACGGCUGCGGUGAUUUUGUCGACGACUAUGCGCUCAACGAGGUGUUUCGCAACGAUCUCGGAGCCGUGUGGAGGGUGACCGUCUCGGAGAAACAGACUACUGAUACUACUACUAGCAGCAGCGGUGUUGAGCUUUCUACGUUGGAGAUUUUUCCUACCCGCAUCGAGCGGUUCCAGGCACAUCUCCUAGAACCCAUGGAUCCAGACUACGACUGGACAAGGAGGAAAGUCACGGUUCUGAGCGAGAGGCUGGGCACGACGGUGAACUCGGAGGUUGGCGAGCAGGGGCAGAUUGUUAUCGAUUUGAAGACUCAAUGACAGGUUCUUGAUAGCAUUGUUCGAGUUGUAGGAAGAUAUGAUCUUUAUCAUUUCUUACCUCGCUAGGCAAGUUCUUUGACGUCACGUUGAGCUCGCGCUGUCUCAACAGAGAAUAUGGUAGCAUCAUGUUCAUUGAUCUGUCCUACUGGUACGCAGCGAAUAUACUAUUAUCU